GAUAAAUUAGAAGUCGCGCAGGGACGGAGCACAGAGAGCUGUUUGUGAGCACCUUCUCUUCCGUUAUGAGAUUGGCGACGAACUCCAAGAGAUCUCGGUGAGCAACUCCGAAGUCCUCUCGUCUCCAGAUGGAUCGAGUCCAGCCUCCAGGGGAAAACUAUGCCAAUCCAAAGACGUGUUUUUUCCAUGUUCUCUUCAAGGCUGCAGCAUUGGCGUUCUAUAUACUCUCAGCUCUUUUCAUUGAUAGUUUUGUGAUCAUUUUCGUCGUUACUGUUCUUCUUGCUGCUCUUGAUUUUUGGGUUGUCAAGAAUGUCAGUGGACGGAUAUUGGUUGGGCUGAGAUGGUGGAAUGAGAUAAAUGAGCAAGGAGAGAGUGUGUGGAAGUUCGAAUGCUUGGAUCAAGAGUCUCUUGCUCGCAUGAAUAAGAAGGAUUCGUGGCUCUUUUGGUGGACGCUUUAUCUCACGGCUGUUGCAUGGAUUUUCCUUGGGAUAUUCUCACUUAUAAGGUUUCAAGCAGAUUAUCUACUCGUUAUUGGAGUUUGUUUGAGCCUCAGCAUUGCAAACAUUGUUGGCUUCACAAAAUGCCGUAAAGAUGCCAAGAAACAGAUCCAACAAUUUGCUUCUCAGACAAUUGCAUCACAUUUUAGUUCGACAAUACAAUCAGCUUUCAGCGUUGUGUGAGAUCACAUAGGAGUAAUAGAGGGCACGGUAUAAGAUCAUCAUAUUGAGAAAAUUCUUGUAUUUUGGUUACCAUGUAUUUUGAUUCAUGAUGUGUUCGAUCUCUGUGGGAUAUUAGCUUAGUGCAUGCAAUAUGAAUGUAGAGGACAACUAAUGGUGCGAUUUUGCAAGAUCCAUGACAAGCCAACUAAUGGUUAGAUCUUUGGUUCAUAAC